CCGGAACGUUUCAGUUGGCAUUCGGUCGACCAGCAGUACAUCCUUUCGACUCACCGCGAAUUCCAAUCGUACAUUUUUACAGAGUGCUCCAGACGUGAGAAUCAGUCGAGACCAUGAAAUCCUUCGUUUUGUUUGCGUUCACGCUUGCGUGCGCGCUCGCUUUCCUCGACGAGACGUGCGCCGAACCGUCGGACACGACCACCGCCCCGAGUAAGCAAGUGAAAGAGCCAAAGGAGAUCAAGGAGUCCGCGACCGCCACGAAGGAGGUAAAAGAUUCCGUGAAGGCUGCCAAAGAAGCGAAGAAGAACAAGAAGGACUGCAUGAAGGAAUGCGGAACCGUUCACGAUCCGAUCUGCGCCCACGACCCGAACGAUGCCACCUUUAAGCCUAGAACGUUCGGCACCCAGUGCGCCUUGGACGUUCACAAUUGCGAGAUGGGCACCAAACUGGUGAUGAAGCAGAAGGGCGAGUGUCCUGGGUCCCAUGGCGUCAGGCUCUCCUAGUCCUCUGGAAAAAUCUUCACUACAAGUUUCAACGCGUCGUCCGUUCGAUAUAGCGUUCGUGUAAUCCAGCUUUGUUAUUAGCUUUAGCCGAAGUAAACGGUGUUUUUGCGAAAAUAAAAGGAGGAGAAAGAAAAAGAAA